AAAUAAAUAAACCUAACUCGUUAAUAGUUUGAUACCAAAGCACACAUAAUGAGAGAAAUUAUCCAUUUGUCCACUGGUCAAUGUGGUAACCAGAUUGGAGCUGCGUUCUGGGAAACCAUCUGUGAUGAGCACGGGUUGGAUAACAACGGAAACUUUCAUGGUGAUGAUAAGUUGCAAAGAGCCAAAUUAGAUGUGUACUUCAACGAAGCGUCGAGUGGAAAAUACGUUCCAAGAGCCGUUUUGGUUGAUUUGGAACCAGGUACCAUUGAUAAUGUCAAGACCUCGAAGAUCGGUAAUUUGUUCAGACCUGAUAACUAUAUUUUUGGUCAAAGCUCUGCUGGUAACGUUUGGGCCAAAGGUCAUUACACCGAAGGAGCAGAAUUGGUUGAUUCGGUCAUGGAAGUCGUAAGAAGAGAAGCCGAAGGAUGUGACUCCUUGCAAGGGUUCCAGAUCACUCACUCUUUGGGUGGUGGUACUGGUUCUGGUAUGGGAACUUUGUUAAUCAGCAAGAUCAGAGAAGAAUUCCCCGACAGAAUGAUGGCAACGUUUUCCGUGGUUCCAAGUCCAAAGACCAGUGAUACCGUUAUUGAACCAUAUAACGCUACGUUGUCUGUCCAUCAAUUGGUGGAAAACUCGGAUGAAACUUUCUGUAUCGAUAACGAGGCCUUGUACAACAUUUGUCAAAGAACAUUGAAAUUGAACCAACCAAACUACGCUGAAUUGAACAGCUUGGUGUCUUCUGUGAUGUCUGGUGUCACCACUUCCUUGCGUUACCCAGGUCAAUUGAACUCUGAUUUGAGAAAGUUGGCCGUGAACUUAGUUCCCUUCCCAAGAUUACAUUUCUUCAUGGUUGGUUACGCUCCUUUGACUUCGAUUGGAUCUAAGUCUUUCAGAUCUUUGAGUGUUCCUGAAUUGACCCAACAGAUGUUUGAUGCUAAGAACAUGAUGGCUGCUUCAGACCCAAGAAAUGGUAGAUACUUGACGGUUGCCGCUUUCUUCAGAGGUAAGGUAUCUGUCCAAGAAGUUGAUGAUGAAAUGUACAAAAUUCAGCAAAGAAACUCGUCCUACUUUGUUGAAUGGAUUCCAAACAAUGUGCAAACUGCUAUUUGUUCAGUUCCUCCAAAAGAUUUGGAGAUGUCUGCCACCUUUAUCGGUAACUCCACCUCUAUCCAAGAGUUAUUCAAGAGAAUUGGUACUCAAUUCAGUGCCAUGUUCAGAAGAAAGGCUUUCUUACAUUGGUACACCAGUGAAGGUAUGGAUGAAAUGGAAUUUACUGAGGCCGAAUCUAAUAUGAAUGACUUGGUUAGUGAAUACCAACAAUAUCAAGAUGCAGUUAUUGAAGAAGAUAUCGACUACGCUGAUGAGGCUCCUUUGGAUGACAACUAGGCUUAAAUCUAGAGUUUCUAGUGGUCGGUUUUAUACUAUUUUUGAAUUUUUCUUGAGUUAGAAGUCGUAGAGUUAAGAGGGUCUUCUAUGUUUGUUGAAUAUAAAUGUAAUAAUUACAGUGUUUAUAUCUAUUCAUGGGUGUGUAUUUUCUUACUAAUGCAGUAUCGUGUCUAGUUGUUUCCUCUCAAGAAGUUCGUGACGAAGUCAUUUUUGUCAAUCUUGCCAGGCUCGGUCUGGUCAUCAAAGUAUCUCAAAACAUGACACUGUUGUUUCCAGAAAUUGUUCAACUCCUGAAACUCCAUUUGCCCCUUCAUGUACAACACGUUGGCCACUCCCAAAUCGUUGACAUAUCUCUGUCUUUCAAACUCUUGUCUAAUCUUGGUCUUGACGUUGGACACAGGCAUAUCCAACUCGUAAAUGUCACUCAUUUCCUUGGAAUAUCUCAUAUAUUUCCGGUACAAGUGAAUCACACGUUUUCUGAGUUCAGCAUUGGUUGCCGACCUCUUGGUGGUUUCAGCGAAUUCUGUUGCCAACGUCAUGGAGAUGUGAUUUGUUUUUAGAAGAUUUU